AUGGCAGGCCGCGGCUCUUCCUCACACCCGUACUCCCAACCAUCUCCAUCCGCCUCUUCGACUCCUAGAAACAUCCUACAACAUGAAGCUAAUGACAAUGAUUUACGAAGACGAUGGGCGGCGGAGAUAUCCACAAGGAAUUAUCCAGUUACUGGCGCGCCUAAUAGCUUGGAUAAUUUUGCCCGUUCGUGGCAGCGGGCAGCUUAUUUUCCAGAAGUCGCUCCUCGUAGAUCCUCGUUCGUCCUCGCGUUGCCAGGUGAUGAGGAACAUGGCCCUGAUGCACCCGUAGAUGACACCACUGCCCUUCUGCGCCAACGCUCGGCACCUGUUGAACGAAUAUCAGAGAUCCCUUUUGGCGAGGCAGGCUAUUGGCCCAAUUAUGGAACCAGGCAGGAAACUACCUACGGACGACCGCUCACGGAUGGCGAGUUCGAUGAAUCUACCCGCACUACACCGCUUCUGGGACGAAGUUACGAGGAGUCGUAUUUAACGACAGUUUCUUCCAGAAUUAGCGAGUCUGCCAGACUAAACGCUGCACAACUUCAUAGAGAACACCAGCUCCUCGAAGCAGGUGCGGUUGUGGCAGCGGAACCCGAUGAUGAACGCGAACCAUUCGUCGUCAAGCGCAUUCAACACGAGGACGGUUCCAAGGAAACCAUCAUUGUUGGCCAAUCCACCGUUCCCCAGACAAUUUUCAAUUCCGUCAACGUCCUUAUCGGAAUUGGCCUGCUUAGUUUACCACUAGGCCUCAUGUAUGCGGGUUGGUUCAUCGGCAUCUCGCUCCUCAUCUUUUCGGCAGUAUCUACUACCUACACGGCCAAAAUCCUUGCCAAAUGCAUGGAUGUCGAUCCCACCCUCGUUACAUAUGCUGACCUGGCGUAUAUCAGCUUUGGCCCUCAUGCGCGUAUCGUCACCAGUUUACUCUUCUGCUUGGAGCUGAUGGGUGCAUGUGUUGCUUUGGUCGUUUUAUUUGCUGAUAGCAUUGAUGCGUUGUUCCCGGGGCUAGGCGCCCUGCGGUGGAAAUUGAUAUGUGGUGCUAUCUUAAUUCCAAUGAACUUCGUGCCCCUGCGGCUGCUAAGCUUGUCAAGUAUUUUAGGGAUUUUGUGUUGUACUUCCACUCCUUGGGGCGGCCACAGCGUCUUCCCAAAUAUUUAUAAAGACAUGAGACACCCACAUAAGUACGGCGAGAGUCUCUGGAUAACCUACAUCUUCACAUUUUUGCUGGACCUUGCUAUGGCCGUGGCCGGCUGGCUCAUGUUUGGCCCAGAUGUCAGAGAUGAAAUCACAUCUAACAUUCUCCUAACGGCUGGAUAUCCAAACUGGUUAUCAGUUUGCAUCGUUGCAUUCAUCGCAAUCAUCCCGUUGACCAAAGUACCUCUCAGCUGCCGCCCCCUAGUUAGCACAGUCGAAUCCCUCUGUGGUCUCCACGCACCCCCGCCAAAUCCCAAUCGCAAAAACAAGCCAAGGAACACGAGUAAGCAAGCUCCGAGUACCCUCCUCCGUAAAACCGUUCAAUUCACAGCUCGCAUCGUCACAAUCUGCAUAAUCACCUUCAUUGCCAUCGUCUUCCCGUACUUCGACCGCAUCAUGGCGCUCAUCGGCGCAAGUCUCUGUAUUACGAUCUGCAUCAUCUUGCCGGUUGCAUUUUAUUUGAAGAUCUUCGGCAGGAGUAUUCUGUUUUGGGAAAGGGUUGUGGAUUGGGUGUUGUUGGGCGUUGGUUCGGUUAUGGCUGUUGUGGGCACAGCGUGGGCGUUUAUUCCCAAGGAAAAUCUUGGGUUGAGAUGA